GCGAGUGGAUGUUGUCACAGUUUUUCUGAAUGGUUAUCAUAUUUCAAUCCAAAAGCAAUGUACAGCAUGUGCUUACUACGGCGACUAAAUGCGAUAUGCAUAUUUGAAUACUUUAAGGAGAAAUCGGCACCUCGCCUCAGCAACGGCCCGGACUCCAACCGAUCUAAUAAUCAACACCCAAUAUGGCUACUUGUGAAUCGUUCGCUCUCCGAGAUGUGUUUUCUGAAGAUAAUUUGUCCCUUUUAGCGAAGUUAUUCAAGGAUGAAAAAUUUCGAAAACUUUUUACAGAGUAUGCUAAAGACCUUAGUGAUCCGGAAAAGCAGAAACAAUAUGAGCGUGAGUUAAAACAGUACGAAAAAGAGCGUGGGGUUGACAUUGUUUUCGUAGAGCCUCGACCCUUCCUCGCCCUCGCGGCCGAAGGCGGCGAUGGAGAGCGGGUUUUCGUGAAUAUCUGCUUGAGUGACGCAGUUCAGAAGCCAUCCUUCGAGAUAGUUAACGAUGGUCAUCAGAAAGGCGAGAAAUGGUCCUUCCCCCACGCUAUCCCCCAGCCUCGCCGGGAACACCUUAGUAACGCCGUGUUGCCAGGGGACGGCGGGGGGGCGCCUGCCGCGGUGCACGACGUCGUCUUCCAUCCCGACGCGAUGCUGCUGGCUGGUCGUAGCAACCUCAUGAGGCAGACUAUUAUCAAGACCGCCCUGGAUAGCGUGAAUAAGAACCGUAAUGCAACCAUAACAGAUCCAAAAGAAAUGGAGGGGAUAAACUACAUUGGUCAACCAGUUAAGUCUGUGAUAAAGAAGGUUGUUGAUCAGAAUUUGUAUGAUGAGAGUGAAAAAUGUGAUAUCUUUGGCCAUAAAAAAGAAGUAAGGACUAGUAGCAAUAAGAGAAAUAAAGAAAAAAAUAAGAAUGCCAAAGAAAAUGGAACCAAAAAUGGGAAAGGAAAACAGUUGGAGCCAGUAAAGCCAAUUCACAAAAUAAAACAUGUCAGUAAGCUUGACAUGCAAAAUUUCUCUGUGCAAUUAAUACCAGACUGGAAGAAUGGAAGAACCAAUCGUCCUGAAGCCUUAGAGGUUGAGGUGCUACUUCCAGGCAUAACUCGUGCAGUGCAGGUUGAUGCCCAAGUGCUUAAACAGAAGCUCCAUCUAACCACAGACUCAACACCUCAGUACAAAUUGGAGUUGCCUCUGCCAUAUCCUGUGGAUGAUGACUCAAGUUCAGCCAAGUUUGAUGUGUCAACCCAGAAAUUAAUCCUAACUUUCCCUGUGAUACCUUCUGGCAAGAAAGAUCAGAUGUCUCCACAUUCUCCUUCUUGUGACUCUGGUAUUGAGUGUGAAAUUGGUUACAGAACUAAUAGUGAUGGGGAUAAUUCCUCAGAGGUUUCAGUGUCAUCACAGGAGGAUGCAUCAAGGGAGGAAGAUUCAUAUGACAGUGUUUUUGGAACAAAUUCUCCACCUCGCAAGCCAAUGAUUAUCCCAAGCUAUGCAGUCAAGCAAAAUGCAGAGAGUCUCAGUAUCACCCUCAGCUGUGGCAAUAUUUUGCCUAAUAGUAUUGAGGCAAGGAAGACAGAUGAGCACACUGUCCAUGUAGAGUUGGCUAGCAUAGGUGGUGGACAGACUCUUCUUCACUAUGGGCUGUCAGUUAUGUGUAAGCCUCAUGUGGUACCUGAAUCAGGUAUAACAUAUGAGCUGACAGAAGACAGUGUCUUGUUAACCAUCAUGAAGGAUGAGCCAAGCAGCUGGAAGAAUUGUCAGGUUGGCAGUGGGGAUAACUUUACACUCGUGGAACUAGACCCUGUGCCAUCAUCUGCUGCCAAAGAGAAAAGUGACAAAGAUAAAUCUAAGGCGGUGCACGACGAGACGACGCAGUGUGCUGGCGGCGAGGACGGCCAGGCCAGGGCAGAGGGCAUACCUCCACGAUCUCCGCGGAUAUGUCGUACCCUAAGCAUGUGUGAAACUUCUGCUCCACCUCGCACGAUGAAGAGCGCCACCUGCUCGUGGCCGAGGGGUAUCCUCAAGCACCGCACGCGCUCCCUCAGUGAGUCCCAGGUGGGCGCUCUCACCCCGCAAACCUCCCUGGCCUCAUCCCUUGACCUGGAUCUGCCAGAGGAUCUCCUUUUGGAGGGCGAAGAGGAGGAGGAAGAGGAGGAUGGCAGCAUGGCCUCAAGCCUUGGGGAGAAGAAGAGCGUCCGCUUCAACGAGGUUGUAUCUCGACAGUUGUUCCGCACCAACCGCUCCAUCCUGGUGGAGCGCGCCAAGGCCGAGAAGAUGAAGCAGAGGCGGCGAAGGAACAAGGGUCGCCGCCAAUCCGAUAGCGACCGAACCUCGGAGAGCUGCAGCGACAGGGAGAACGACGAAUCAGGGCGACGCCGACGAAGGGACACGGAAGGAAGCAGCGAGGAGCAGACUUCCGCCACUGCCACGACCACCACCGAUGACGAGACCACCACGGACACCUGCGACGUCGACGACCUCGAGAAUAACAAUUAUACUAAGAACACUAAAAACAUCAUCAACAGGAAGGAGAAUAAGAAUAACAACGAAGGAGGAGGUACGGAGAAGUCUAAGAAAAAGAGGAAGAAGAAUAAGAAGAAUAAGAAGUUCGAACCUUCCAACAACUUCAUCUUCCAGCUUGAUAUUGAAGCUUAAUAGAGAAAGCAAGGUGUGGCAUGAUUAUAGAAUAAGAGUAAGAAGUAGACAGUAAAGGAGAGCGAGUAUGGGGAUACAGAAGCAGAAUAUAUAUGUUGGCAGGGGAAAGAAAGUAGUAGAUAGAUGUCCUACAUUGUUGAUUACACUGCAUUUGAAAAUGGUGUUUCUAAGGUAAUCACCACUUUUAGCGUAUCCAUCAAAUGUGUUAAUGCCUAAGUCAAGUUUAUGCACUCAAUUAUUUCAAAUAUGAUUAAAAUACACUGGACACCUGCACACCCGCACAUGAUCUUGUACACAUUUAUUAAGAAUUACUAAAAUAUAUCCUACAUUUCUCUUGCUAGGAAUGACCAUGAUAGAUGCUUUCUUUAGAAAUAUAAGGAAUGCCAUAAGUCGUUUACCUUUUGUUUGUAAUGUAAUAUUUUCAGUUUUAUUUGGUAAUUUUAGAUGUAGAGGAAGAAAUACAUAAUAUAACCAUAAAGUAAAGGAUUUGCUCGUUUUAUGUUGUUCUUUACAUCUCAGUAUAUACUAUGUUGUUAGCCAUAAUUCCUUAAGACUUCACGAGGGAAUUGACUACAGGAUG